AUGUUCAUCGUCGAGUACACUGGCCGCAUAGUCAUUGUGACCAUCGACAAUGUCAAGAAGCUCAAUGCCCUCAAUCAGAUGCAGUACUUUGAACUGUCGCAGAUCUUACGCGAGAUCGCGACGCACGACGAGGUCUUCAUUACUAUGCUGACGGCCAAGGGACGGUAUUUCUCAGCUGGCGCCGAUGUCUCUAUCUCGCGCGGUACGCCCGAAGGUUCAGACGUCUACUUGGAGUGGAUGCGCAACUUCGUGGCUAACAACUUGAACGUCACCAAUGCUUUCUAUACCCACCCGAAGAUUCUCGUUGUUGCAUUGAACGGGCCUGUCAUCGGUCUGUCGGCGGCUCUCAUCACCUUUGCGGAUUUCAUCUAUUGCACUCCCCACGCAUUCUUAAUGACUCCCUUCUCGUCGCUUGGGCUGGUGACCGAGGGUGGCGCAUCGCGAGCCCUGGUUCAGAGGCUGGGAAUCAGCAAGGCCAACGAGGCGCUGAUCAUGAGCAAGAAGAUUACGAGUGAGGAGCUGCUUCAGACGGGGUUUGUGAACAAGAUCUUUGACUGCAGCAAGGAGGAAGACGUCAAGUUUCGGAGUCUGGUUCUGAAGGAGAUUGACGACAGGCUGGGCGAGCAUUUGAUCGGGGACAGUUUAACUGGCAUCAAGGCCCUGAUUCGGAAGCCAGAGCGGGAUAUCCUCGACAACCAGAACACGGCCGAAGUUUUCGCCGGCCUCAAUAGAUUUGUCAAGGGCAUUCCCCAGGCCGAGUUUAGGAAGAUUGCGAGCGGCCAGAAGCGACAUAAGUUAUAA